CGUUCGGGGCAAGACUGGUGUCUCGAAGAGCUACGAAAUAAGUGCGAGACUAGGCGUCGACGAUAUAUAAAUGGCGACGAUGUCUCUCGUCGAGACACUUCUUCAAACCCAUAUCAUAACACAGAUCCAACACUCGAGGCAUACACUCCUCUAAACAUACUUUGCAAGCUCACAUCCAAACCUCAUCCAAGAGGCCUGAAUUCAGCAACUCGACAACAUGUGGGGUAAAUACGCAACGCUCACGGACCCUGUCCAUAAGAACUCUUACGCGGCCAUCAGUCCCUCUCGUCCAGAGUUGAGUCAAGCUGGCCGGACGGUGGUGAUAGCAGGGGGUAACUCAGGCAUCGGAUAUGGCGUCGCGCAAGCCUUCAUUCGCGCUUCGGCUGCAAGAGUUAUCAUACUAGGCCGUCGCAAGGACUCCGUUGCCACCGCAGCGCAAAAGCUGGCGGCCGAGGCCGGCACAACGUAUACGGGGUCCGUCCUGGGCAUUCCCUGCGAUAUUGGCGACGCGGCCUCAGUCGACGCGCUAUGGGCAAAGCUCCGGGACGACGGCAUCGUCGCUGAUGUCCUCGUGCUAAACGCCGCUGUGUUCGCGCCCAAGAAGACACUCCUUGAAGUCGGCACCGAGGACGUCUGGAAGAUUUUCGACUUCAACGUGCGCGCGCAGAUGCAGAUGACGGAACGCUUCUAUAAGCAGGAGGGCAAGGGCGCUUCCGAUGCGAAGAAUCUCGUUCAUGUCUCUACGGCUUCUAUUCACGACUUCGUCCGUAUCACGAGAAACGCCCUCGGAUAUGGGCUGACAAAGAACUCGGGCCAGCUGAUGCUACAACUAAUCGCGAUGGACAGCCCGCCGGAGAAGAUGCAGAUUAUCAGUUACCACCCGGGCGCCAUCUUUACCGAGGCAGCCAGGACUUCUGGCUGGAAGGAGGAGGAUUUGCCGUGGGACCAUGUUGAUUUGCCUGGCCAUUUCGCGGUAUGGGCGGCCUCGCCUGAAGCUAGUUUCCUACAUGGCCGCUUCGUAUGGGCCGCGUGGGAUGUAGACCAGCUUAAGCAUGGCGAGCUCAGGAAACAGAUUGACGAGGAUUCGACCUUCCUAAAGGUUGGUAUUGUUGGUUUGUAGGCAAAAGACAUUUAGGGACGGGUGUUGGGUUUGUUGGUAUUAGAGAGUAUGCAAGUCAUGUUCCAU